AUGACUACGUUUAGAUUUUGUAGAGAUUGUAACAAUAUGUUGUACCCAAGGGAAGAUAAUGAGAAUCAAAGGCUACUUUUCGAAUGUCGAACAUGUUCAUAUGUGGAAGAAGCAGGCAAUCCACUUGUGUAUAGACACGAAUUGAUAACGAAUAUUGGUGAAACAGCUGGUGUUGUACAAGAUAUUGGUUCUGAUCCCACACUGCCGAGAUCUGACCGUGAAUGUCCCAAAUGCCACUCGAGGGAGAACGUCUUCUUCCAAUCACAACAAAGACGUAAGGAUACAUCGAUGGUUUUAUUCUUUGUAUGCUUGGUAUGUUCUCACAUCUUCACUAGUGACCAAAAGAACAAAAGAAGGGAGUUUUUAUGA